CUGGAGCUCAGGAAAGAAGCAGAUGAUAUGGCAGCUUUGAGAGCGACCAGGUGGAACUUGCUUUGUUAACACGGCUAAACCUUUGAUUAUGAAAACACAUUGUGUUGAAUACGGCAGCGGCUCGAUAUGAUUUACUUAAUAUUGAUUUCCGCGUUCUCCGGGGCAGUGGUUACGUUGAUAUUACAGUUCCUGCUGAUAUACCGGAGAAGCCCCGAGCCCAUAGGCAGGACAGUGCAGUAUGUCAAAGUACUGCCCGAUAACGCAUUGAAGGAUUACUUUAAUACCCAACAUGCCGAGCCAGGCCAACAGCAGCCGGACAGCACAGCAUCCAAACAACAAGAGGCCGUGUCCGCGCGGCAGCAGGAAGCGGCUGUCAGCGGCGGCAGCCCCAAACAACAGCCGACACCGCCUUCCCACGAGCCCGGGGAUGCGGCCAAGGCUGAGACCUGCAAUUUCCUAAAUGCUAUAUUCCUGUUCCUAUUCAGAGAGUUCCGAGAGACCCCUGUGGUUAGACACUGGCUCACCAAAAAGAUUAAGGUGGAGUUUGAGGAGCUGCUGCAGACCAAGACCGCAGGUCGGCUGCUGGAGGGACUCAGUCUCAGGGACAUCUCCCUGGGUAAUUCUCUGCCGGUCUUCAAGUCGGCCAAACUUAUGAAGCCGAUGCACCUGAACGAGGACGGCAUGCCCGAGGAGCUCAACUUUGAGGUGGACAUUGAAUACAAUGGCGGCUUCCACCUCGCCAUCGACGUGGAGCUGGUGUUCGGGAAGUCUGCCUACCUGUUCGUGAAGAUGAGGCGCGUGGUGGGGAGGCUGAGGCUGCAGUUCACGCGCACCCCCUUCUCCCAUUGGUCCUUCUCCUUCCUCGAGGACCCGCUCGUGGACUUUGAGGUGAAGUCCCAGUUUGAAGGAAGGCCUCUUCCCCAGCUCACCUCCAUCAUAGUGAACCAGCUGAAGCGGGUCAUCAAGAAGAAACACACCCUGCCCAACUACAAGAUCAGAUACAAGCCCUUCUUCCCGUUCCAGGUGCUGCCCUCUCUGGGUUCAGCCUGUGAUCUGGACCUGUCGAUCCAGGAAAGCAUGCUGGUGGAAGGCCGACUCAGAGUCACCCUCAUUGAAUGUAGCAGACUGUUCAUCCUGGGCUCCUAUGACAGAGAAACCUACGUUCACUGCACCCUGGAGCUGAGCAGCCACCAGUGGAAGGAGAAGACCCGCAGCUCCAUCAAACAGACGGAGGUGAUCAAGGGGCCGUGUGGCAGUGUGGGGAUGACGUUCAGACACGUCCCUGCCAGUGAGGGGGACGCAGUGCACGUCAGCAUCGAGACGGUCACACCCAACUCCCCCGCAGCCCUGGCAGACCUGCAGAGGGGAGAUCGGCUCAUCGCCAUAGGAGGUGUCAAGGUGACAUCUUCAGUUCAAGUGCCCAAACUGUUGAGGCAGGCCGGAGAGAGGGUGGUGGUUCUUUACGAGAGGCCGGUCCGUCACCAGGCCCACGCUUUUGGAAGCCUUGGAACUCUUCAGGAAGGGUUUGGGCAUUUAGAGGAAACAGGAUUUAUUCCUCAGCCGGGGGGUUAUGAAGAAGACCCAGCUCCCAUCACCACCCUCUCCGACAUAUCGGACAGCAAAGACAUGGACUCUGAGUUUGAAGAGUUGAUUGUGGACACCAAACUCAGCCAGACUGUUGGGCCUAACAGCAGCACAAUAAAUCCCAGUGACGCUAAGGAGGAAUCCUUACUCACAGUUAACCAAAGCCCCAAAAGGACUGUGGCCAGCCUGGCCUCUAAGCCCCUUGGUUCCAUAUCCCCCAUCCUCAACCGCAAGCUAAACCUGGUGGGUCUACAGUCCCCACUAAAGCCCCAACCAAAAGAAUCCCCAAAGCCCUCACCACAAAGGACCAGUAGUGAUCUAGUGGAAGGUCUGCAACGUCCCACUGUCCCUCCCCCACCUCCUCCUUCUCGACCCCCCGUGCCUCCAAGACCUCAAAUAAGGUUGACAUCAGCCUCUUCAGAGACCAGUAUUUUGGAAGGCAUUGAUUCUGUUUCAGCUACAAACGCAGCUGUGGCCCCUGCCGUGACCAGCAGCAGCAGCGCUUCUGAAAAAUCUCCAGAGAAAGCUCCUCUCACUGGCGCAAAUGAGGACAAAGCUGUCCCUGAGAAGACUUGUGUGAAACAGGCCGAGGUGAAGCAGCCUACCCGACCAGCAGAGUCUGCUGAUGAUCCGCCUGGCCCCCCCACUGUGACCAGCAGCAGCAGAGCUGACCAGGCUAAGGACAAAGCUUCAGAAAACUCCUGCAGCACACGGGACAGUCUGGAGGACCACUCCCUCUGGGAAUCCCCAGAAACCAUGUUCCGUCACCAGACCGCGCGCUGGCCCAAAGCCUCUGUCGUGUUUGAGGUGGAGAACAACCACAAGUACCUUAAUGUGGCCCUGUGGUGCAAAGAUCCCUUUAAGUUGGGCAGUCUGUUGUGCCUGGGGCAUGUCAGCCUCCAGCUUGAGCAUGUGGCCCUGGAAUCUAUGGCCACAUCAUCAGCAGAGUACCAGAGCACCUUCAGGCUGGGCCCUCCGGAGCCCAGGGCCAACGUCAGCCGCACAGCGCUGCGCAGUCUCAGCACGCACAAGGGAUUCAAUGAGAAGCUGUGUUACGGAGACGUCACUCUGAACUUCUGUUACCUCGCAGAGGGGGAGGUAGACUAUCCAGGAGGGCUGGCAGAGAGGGAGCGGGAGGGCAGUCUCCAUGAUGAGGAUCUGAGAGAGAGGGAGCGGGAGCAGAUCCACACUGCGCAGCGGGAUGACCUGGCAUAUGGAGCCAUUCAGCUUGUGGAGGUUCGCCACAACUUCCAGGACACACAGUUCCAGAACCCGACCUGGUGUGAGUACUGCAAGAAGAAGGUCUGGACGAAGGCCGCCUCUCAGUGUAUGAUCUGCGCCUACGUAUGCCACAAGAAGUGUCAGGACAAGUGCCUCGCUGAAAACCCCCUUUGUGUGGCAGCCACUGAGCGCCGCGGAGCUGACCCCGAAGCCAAAUCCACCAUCAACCGGGCCACCACCGGCCUCACCCGCCAUAUCAUCAACACUAGCUCCCGCCUGCUCAACCUCCGCCAGGUGCCCAAAACUCGGCUGGUUGACACGGUGGCUGAUGUGGUGCCUGGAACUGUGGAGCCCUCACCCAAGCACACCCCCAACACUUCAGACAACGAAAGCAGCGAUACCGAAACCUACACCAGCGGGGCCAGCCCCUCCAAGCAGCCUGUGUGCAGCGGCGGCAGCAGCAAGCUCGUACGCAAGGAAGGCGGGCUGGACGACAGCGUGUUCAUUGCUGUGAAGGAGAUUGGCCGCGACCUGUACCGGGGGCUGCCCACAGACGAGCGCUCCCAGAAGCUGGAGCUAAUGCUGGACAAGCUGCAGCAGGAGAUCGACCAGGAGCUGGAGCACAACAACGCACUCCUGCUGGAGGAGAGGGAGGCCACAGAUCCCCGCCGCAAGGCCCUCAUCAGUACUGCCCUGGCUAAGUCUGGGGAGAGGCUCCAGGCCCUCACCCUGCUGAUGAUCCACUACCGAGCAGGCAUCGAGGACCUGGAGUCAGUGGAGAGCUCUUCCCCUUCAGAGCAGCAGGGCUUUAAAGCAAAGGGAGUGGGGCUGGAGGAGGAGGCCCUGAUGGGGACUGAGGUGUAUGACAGUGACAUAUGCAGCCCUGUGGAGGUGCAGCUGCUGGACGACAUCACUGAGGAGCAGAUCUGUGUGGAGGCUCUGCACUGAAGGGCACUACAGAGGAGGAAAAAGAGAGACAUGUGCUUCGGCUAGAGCACCUCAACAUGUGUCCAGUUUGUUCCUAGAGACGGGGGAGUUUCAGCAGUCCGGUGUGUUUGAGUCACACUUCUUUUUUUUUUUUAAGUGUGAAAAAUGAAGGAUGGAUAUACCUCCAACAAGGAUUCAUAUUGAUGGUUUGAUUUGCACAGCGUGACGCCAUCUCCAUGCUCUUGGUUUUUAAAGGGAAGCUUCAGAGCUGCACUCUGACCCUCAGUCUGCUGCAUGUGGAUCCUCCAGCUGUUUCAGUUUGUGGGUUCAAACUGUCAUUUAAUGCAAUUAAUUUCUUUUGCUUCUCUGUCUGUAACAGCUUUGGAAUAAGGACUUAAGAACAUGCACACAUUUCUCUCUGAAUAAUUUGAAUAGAGAAGGAAUUACUGUUCAUUAUUUGUUUUGCUGUGAGUAACGAGCCCAUGUGAAGGUGAGAUAUUUGAGUCAAUAACAGUGUGAAUAUUACUGGGGACAGCCGCUUUAGACAUCCAGCUCAGUGGAACAUUAGUGUUCGGACCCUGCUCACUCAUAUCCUUGUUUUCAUUACUUCCUUUUACUGUAAUAUGUUUGGUUUUUAGCCGUGACUGUCCUUGGAUUUAUCGUGAUAUUGUACAUAGUUUGCUCUUUCUUUUGGUUUAUUUGUUUGUAUUGGUUUGGCCAAACAUGUUUUACUGAUCCAUAUUUCCUAUAUUCUUCUCUUCCCUGUGUGGGUGUAUAGAGAUAUCGUCCUGGGUUAAACCUUUUUUUUGUUUUGCCAAGCUUCAUUAUAUUUAGACCACCCUGUCAACUCAAUUAGGGCACAUUAAUAACUGAUCAUGAGAAAUACAUCUUUUUUAUAUGAUUAAUCUGUGAAUGAAUGUUAUCCAGGAGCUGUCAUCAUAUGAACAUUCUCUUAACACAUUUGUAUUUGGUGUGGAUGAAGAUGAUCUCCAUGCCUGGAUAAAUAACGAUGUGAUUCAGUGCAGAUCCUUUGCCUUCAUGAGUUGUUUUCAUGCCCAAAUGAAUGUAUGUCCAGCCCUCUGUGUGUGUUGUGUGUAUGUUACAGCUGUUUGGCACUGCCUUCCCCAUUCCCUUGCUGAACAUCAAGCAUUAAUGUAGCCUGUUACCGUGACUAUCACAGGCAGCUCCAAAAUGCUUUGCUGUUGGUCUUCUGCACCCUCAGAGACACACUGGAAUGAAUGGUUUGUGAGGAGGGAUCUAACAGAAACUCUAAAUCACUGAAUAUUUUUAUUCUCAAGGUAAUUUUGACGGGACAUAUUCCCAGCAAAAAUACAGUUGAGUUUGUUGAAGAUCAUUCCCUGAGGUUGAGUUUAAUGGCUUUCUAAAACUGUCAGAGCAGUCAGCUGGGGGUGGCAUCAGUGAGUCAGAAUUGUGACGUUAAACACGCAGACAUGGAGGACUCCAUAAAAGGAGAUAUCCAACUAAAGGGUUUACCUUCAAUUGAAAUAAAGUGUCAUCAAGAUGUUUAAAUGAUGAAGUGGAGUAAUGGAUGGAUGUGUUUGAGGGCUGAUAAGAAGCUAGAAUGCUACACAGAAGUAAAUAAUCAUAAUAAUCUGGACAAUUUCAAAACAUUGCAACUGCCCCACUUACACUGAUAUUUUACUCAUUAAGCUAGCUGGUUGCAGCACAAGCCACUAGACAGUGGUGCAUGGCCUGGCACCAGUACCACUAAGACUAGUAUUACAGUUCUCUUAAAACAUCUUUACGUAUUCUUGAAUGAAUUUAAUUUGGCAAAUCUGAAAAACCCAUCACCCAAAGUGCAUUGAUCUCCAGCUGAGUGAGUCAGCAGAGGGUAGAUUUGUACCAAACUGAUGGACCUGGAGAGGUGAAGAGCCGGACUCCUGUCUGUGCCGUAGAUGUGUUGCUCCUGUAGAUAUUGGCUUGCUGGCUGCUAUACUUUAUCUCUGUCACUCUCUGUAUAUCCAGAUCUUUUUGUGCAAUAUUUUUGUAGAAAAUGAAAUGAUUCCCACGUGUGUGACUUUUCCUUCUCCUUUCUUUGUUUCCUGUGUCUGGUGUAGCUCCCUGAAGGUUUUUGUGGACCAGUGAAAACCUGAGAAGCUUUGCUGCUGCUGCUGCUGUUACAAUGUGCUCCUCCACAGAACUGAUAAUCACAGGCCCCCCCCCCCCCCCCCCCACCCCAUGCCUAACCUUUGAAACUGCUCAUGCAAUAUAACUGCCCAUCAUGGCUUUCAGCAGAUGGAGAUGGUGUUUGUUUCUCUUUGUGUGUGUGAGGGAUGUUGUACACAGUUUUUUGCAAAGGCUCAUGUGAUGAAGCUUUAUUGUACAUAACCUAAAUAAACAAGCUCAAAUGAUUUCUCAUCA